CGUGCAGCAGCGGCAGCCAGCCCAGGAGACGAGACAGCUCUCACGGUGCAGGCUGAUACAUAUGUGUCGCUCCCCUUGUGGCCACCAGAUGGCGCCAGGAUCACACCCGCCGUUGUGACUGCCACACUUCCGCAUGUACAUCACACGUCCCGGUGCCUCUGCCAGUUCCUUCCGCUACAACUUCCUACCUGAGUGAGGGCAGCAUCUAGCAUCAACCAUGGGAGGUGUGUGCUACAGGUCUGGGUGACUGACAUGGACAAAGAGGAGACCCCUGGAGCCCAGGUCCGGGCGUGGCUCCGGGUGGCGCAGACACAUGUCCUGGAUAAUCUGUGUGAGGAGAGCGGGGGCAGAGCGGCUCCAGAGAUCUGUGACGGCAUAGUGAAAUGUCUCCGGACGCUGUGCCCACAGCUGCCUCUCAGCUACAGUUUCACCCCAGUAUCGCAGCUCCUCGCCCUCCAGCGCUCCCCCUGCGUCUCCCUCUUGGGCUGGGACACAGAGCAGUUCCAGCGAUGGAGCCUCGAGGGGUCGGAGCAGAUGACGGGAACAGACCCCAUCCUGCCAAGAGCCCAUCUCCUCCUGGUCGGAUACAUAUCGGACUACCUCCAAGGGGGCAAUAUAGUGCAUGAUGGGAACUUGUAUAUCAGAGACGCCAGUGGCUGUGUAACGUGUGAGAUGGUGCAGUUUGAUCUGUCUUUGCUGGGGUCCCUGGUUCUUUUUCCGUGCUGGUCUUACAUUCCCACACAGCACGGAGGGGGCUAUGUGGAGGUGCUAUCGCCCCCUAUCCCUAUUACCCCAUCUGUGGUCAGGCAAGAAGUGCCAGGUCCUGCCAGUGUCACAUCCGUUAAUCCAGAAUGUGCUUCUCAGCUCCUAGGGAACAGGUCCCACCCUCGGGGAUUCCGUGUUUCAGUUACCGGACGUCUGUUAUCGGUCACAUCACUUGUCCAGAUCCGGAGCAAAACGUUCUUUUCCUUCAACCUUCAAGAUACAAAAAAGUCUGUUCCCGUCAUCGUUCAGGUUCCAUCUAAGCUCUCAUGGUACCACGCUCUCCAUGUUGGUGACACGUACGAAGUGACCUCUCUCUCUGUGUCCUCUCUGCAUGGCUCCUCUCAGCACAUUUUCGCUGUGACCUCCUCUUCCCACCUUCUUUGUCGUUCUCCACUUUCCUCACCUGCCUCUGACCCAACGAGUGAGGGGUCAGAAGACCUGACGGCUCCCAGUGAGGAAUACGUGGACUUCAGACUACCCCAGGAGACAGACAGACAGAGACACCACAAGGAGUCCAAGACUUUAACCUACCAGGGGGUGAUAACGCGCCUCCGGGACGCUCAUGCCGGUCUCUAUGAGCUGGAUGGGGCAGUGGUCCUGUGCACAGCGUACACACAGCUACGGAACGGUGGGAGAGGAAUGAGGACGGGAGCCAGAGUGGAGGUAUUUGAUGCUCACCUUCAGCAGUCUCCCAGCCCUCUCUUUCCCACGCUUGUGGUCUCAUGCUGUCUGAGAAGUAGGGUCACGAUCCGCCACUUCUCACGUCUCAGCACUCCAUGUUCUUCUGUUUCUGGAACCAGUAAUGUUCAUCUCCACCUUCUCUUCCACUACCGGCUGAGGCUUCCGGAGUAUCUGUGGGUGUGCGAUACCGUGGAGAAGGUUCAUGAGAAGCUGUGUCCUCGUCUCGUCAGACGGCGCUGUCUUGGACAGUCCCUAGGUUCUGGUGCUCAGGGCCUCACAGAGAAUCUCUUGCACCCUACGCUCUCCUCCUUUACAAAUGGGAGGCGUGAGAGGGACCUGCAGGAAGAGAUGCUAGCAGACACUCAUGACUGUCCUCUGCGGGAGUACUCUCCCCUCUCUCCUCCCUGGUGUCUCCCUCAUCUCUGUCAUAUCCCCUCUCUAGUCUCUACCUCACAGUAUCUCCAGAGCGAGGAAUCUAAUCACAGUCUCCACUGGUCCCAUUACUCUCUGCGGUCUGAAGACCUGUCCUCCCCUCAUGUCCUCCUUGGUGUGCUUCAUGUUUCCUCCUCAGGAUCACUCCAAUUAAAGGACCAGUUGUCUACUCUGACCUGCCUGAUCCUGCCAUGCCCACCUAUCGCCUGGUUAGGCUGCGUCCUAGAGGUGCGCCAGUAUCAGCUGGUGACGGAAAGCAUCCGGAACAAGGAGACCAGAGAGGAUCCUCACAGCAAGACUUACGCUGUAUUUCUCACCCGGGAUGCCCGAGUUCUUCACUCGUCUAAUAGCUGCCCCUCCUGCCCUGUCCCGGGGUCCAACCUGCCCACGCCUAGUAAGGUGCCACGGUUGGAAGAGUCUUGGGCACAGCGCCACCUACUGAUUGACAGUCUGGAGGGCAGGCUGAUCGUUCCUGGACAUGACAAGGGGAUACAGUUCCAGGCUAGGGCGUCAUGGGUGGAUCUCCAGGAGCUUUCCACAGAGGAAGGGGAGAGCGAGCCAGGGAGGGCGGCUGAAAGUAAGGGAGGUGAACAGGUUUCUAAGGUUGUCCUGCAGUUCCCUUCUUCCUCUGUGCGGUGGUUUCAUUUCCUCCAACCCAACAGGAUGUAUCGUAUCACUGCGACGGGAGAGCCGGACUCUGGGAUUUUUGAUCUCUGCUCCCCGGAAAUGCCGCCCGGUCCUCGCUGCCUUAAAGUCCGCAGUGCCUGGACACUAGAAGAUGUGGAGGCCCCCAAGCAUCUACGGUGCCAAGCCGAAGGUCUCUCUAUAGGAGACGCGUUGAAGGGCAGCUCCUGUGGCUCCCUGUUGUCUGUGACUGGAGUUGUAUCCAGUCGCUGCAUGUGCCACACACAGAGCACACGUGUACAGCCAUCCAGAACGCGCGCUCCUGAUAGCUUCCUGCCACACGGCGUCUCCCUCAAAGUCAACCUGACGCAGCCAGACAGCCAAUCAUCUGCAUCUGUUUACCUGGAUCUGUUCCGGGGGCCCUACCCUCUGGGGCUGCUACCAGGGGCCACCGUAUUCAUGCAUGGACUCGAGAGGAGAGUGUCCAGGUCUGGCCGGGCCUAUCUCCGAAGCGUGCCCACCACCUAUGUGAGCGUCCUGAGCUCCCCGGCGUUGGACAGUGAGAAUAUUUCCGUGCCCCCACACGUCCUGUUCAGGAACCUGCCCGGUCCACCGACCCCACAACGUGCGGUCUGCUCGGUGACCUGCGUCUUCAGUUUGGCUCUGUGCUGGGAUUGCUCCAUGUGCGGGAGCACCUUCCUACAGGCUGCCUGCGACCGCUCCCCCUCUUGCACCUCUUCAUCCGGGGUCUUCAGAGCCAAAGCCUGUGUGAAAGCGGAGGAUGGAUCAGGGGAAGUCCAGGUCUACCUCCAGGACGAGGCAGUCUUGCUCAUGCUUGGCGUUUCUCAUGACCUCUGGGAAGCAUUGCAGGCGCGGGUUCUCUCCCGGGGGAAGGUGACAGUCAAGAUCCGGGGGAGAAGUGAGAUGCCGAGUGAAGAGAAAAGUGAAGACCCUCUCGUAGACUAUCUGACGUUCCUAAUGUCCCGGCCAGGAGUCUCUCGACCCUUAAUUCUGACAUUCAGAACGCAUGCGGGAGAUCGCCCCUCAGCAUCGCCACAGCUAACGCACUUCAGACGGGGCGAGCGAGAUUAUGUCACACACGUUCCUUCGUCCCCUAUGGUUACCUGUAUACAGCUGCAGGAGGUGGAACCUCGUGUACUAUGUCACAUGUUCAGAGACCGCAGUCAAUCAAAUCUCGGUUAAAUUAUGGUGUAAUCAUUUUAUUAAGUUUCAUAUAUUGACAUUAAAACAGUUUUUGUUAAUA